GCAGCAACUGCUCUGUGUGUGUGCGGUGCUCGCACGCCCUCUAGUGUCAGCACUACUCAUUGCAUGUCACUACACGGCGGAAUAAAGUUGUGUUUUGUUGAAGGGAGAGGGCGGAAGUGGAGGGUGAUGCCGGUUGUUGUUGUGAUCAGGGUGCUGGAAUAUGACUGAGAUUGUUGAGCGCACACUGAGCGCCCUGCCCGGCCUCCUCCAGCAGGAUCCACCGCCCGGGCCUAGCUCCAAGCUUGGGAGUCUGAUCCGCAGCAUCACAUCUCUCACCUCAAGACAGGAAGAAGAAAAACUAAUACAGCAAGAACUUGCCAGUUUGAAAACAACAGUUUCUUCACCUAAUACGACCCUGAGACAGAUGAAGGAAUGUAUGGUGAGGCUGAUUUACUGUGAAAUGUUGGGAUAUGAAGCCUCAUUUGGAUAUAUUCAUGCCAUCAAGUUAGCUCAGCAAGGAAACCUACUCGAAAAACGAGUUGGGUACCUGGCAGUGUCGUUGUUCUUACAUGAAAACCAUGAGCUGCUCCUUCUGCUAGUCAAUACAGUUCUAAAGGAUCUACAGAGUACUAAUCUUGUGGAGGUGUGUAUGGCGCUCACUAUGGUGAGUCAGAUAUUUCCCCGGGAAAUGAUUCCAGCAGCUCUGCCGCUCAUAGAAGACAAACUGCAGCAUUCAAAGGAAAUUGUGAGAAGGAAAGCGGUCCUGGCAUUGUACAAAUUCUAUCUGAUUGCACCCACUCAAGUACAGCACAUACAUGAGAAGUUCAGGAAGGCGCUAUGUGACCGGGAUGUGGGCGUCAUGGCUGCUUCUCUACAUAUAUAUCUGCAGGUGAUCAAGGAUAACCCAUCGGGCUAUAAGGACCUGACAAGCUCCUUCGUUACCAUUUUGAAACAAGUGGUUGGAGGAAAACUGCCUGUAGAUUUUAACUAUCACAGUGUCCCAGCUCCGUGGCUACAAAUUCAACUCUUGCGGAUUCUGAGGCUGCUAGGAAAAGAUGACCCCGGAACCAGCCAAUUAAUUUAUGAUGUAUUGGACGAAUCCUUAAGACGAGCAGAAAUAAAUCACAAUAUAACUUACGCUAUUCUGUUUGAGUGUGUUCAGACUAUUUAUACGAUUUACCCGAAGUCCGAUUUAUUUGAGAAGGCUGCAAAAUGUAUUGGAAAGUUUGUUUUGUCUCCAAAAAUUAAUCUGAAGUAUUUAGGACUGAAGGCUCUCACAUAUGUUAUUCAGCAUGAUCCUAGCCUGGCACUGCAACACCAAAUGACAAUUAUUGAGUGCUUAGACCAUCCUGAUCCCAUCAUUAAAAGAGAGACCCUGGAGCUUCUCUAUCGAAUCACUAAUGACCGGAAUGUCACUGUUAUAGUACAGAAGAUGCUGGAAUAUUUGAAGCAAAGCAGUGAUACAUAUACAGUAAUUGCACUGACUGGGAAAAUUGCAGAUCUAGCAGAAAAAUAUUCCCCAAAUAACCAGUGGUUUGUUGAUACCAUGAAUGUAGUGUUUUCUAUUGGUGGAGAUAUGAUGCACCAUGAUAUUCCCAACAACUUCCUCCGACUGCUGGCUGAAGGUUUUGCUGAUGAAAAGGAAGAUGGACAGCUGAGGCUGUAUGCAGUGCAGUCUUAUCUUGCUUUGCUGGAAAUGGAGAAUGUGCAUUAUCCCCAGCGCUUCCUACAGGUUAUCAGCUGGGUACUUGGAGAAUAUACCUACCUGGCAAAGCACAUCCAUAUAGAAUUAGUAAUAGCAAAACUUCACAAUAUAGUUCUGCAAAACUAUGCUACCUCUGAAACGAAGGCCUGGAUUAUGGCUGCAAUAACAAAGCUGGUUGCGAUCACUCCACAUUCUUCAGUAGUGGAUAAACUAAUCCAACAAUUUUCAACCUGUCUGGACACGAAUAUGAGGCAGCAGGCCUGUGAAUUAGAUGCACUGCGGGAGGACAAGCCUCUAAUGCAAAGACUUUUUCCACUCAACUCCAGCUGUGAAGAUGUAUUGGUUGAUGCCUCUCUGUCUUUUCUGGAUGGGUUUGUGGCAGAGGCCCUUAGUAAAGGCGCUGCACCCUACAAGCCUCGUCACCAGCGCCAAGAGGAAAAGCUGUCUCGUGAAAAAGGUAUGGGAGCUUUGAAUCUAGAACCGUAUGGCCUAUGUUUCUCUCCCGGUUUGUCUGCUGUUGGUCUGGCUGAUGGACACUCACCCUCUGCAAUCUCUGUUGUAUCUGAGAUCUCUGGAAACAGUGCUGAGACUGGUCAGAAGGAAGAAAAUCGCUUGAAGAUGGAUGGUGUGAGAAAAGUCUGGGGAAAGGAAGGUUACCUGUUGAAAAAGGAAAAUAAAACCAUUAAACCAGAGUCAAUCUCGCCUCCAAUGGAGAGUGGUAUAUCACUAGGUGAAGAUGAAGAAUCCAUUGGGACUACUGGAGAGCCAUCGGUAGAGGUGAUUUCCGAGGAAGAGCGAGAGAAGCAGCAGCUAGCAUCCACGCUAUUUGUAGGUCUUGGAUCCAAUGCUCUCAGUUUGAUGGGUAAAGCAGACCAGACUACCCACAAGUACAAAAGGAAAUCUAAAAUUGGAACUAAAGCUUUGCCCACUGAUGACCAGAAUCACAUCUCUCUGGUGUUAUCAAAUGAUGCCCAGUCGACCAGCUGUAGAUUAUUACAAUCGCGAACACCCACUGCAGUGGGUGCAGAGACAGUGGAGGAAAAGGUUUCAUCUUUGUUUGCAAACACUAACCUGGAAACGUUUCCACCCACACACGGCGCCACCACAAAUCUCUCUCUGCCAUCCCUGAUUCCUGAGCUUGCUCACCAUCCACACUCUGCAGUCACUAAGCUUGCAAGUAGUGAAGCUCUGAGUCUUUACUCCUGCAAAGUCUGGAAAGAUGACUGUGUGCUGCUAGCCCUGUUAUUUGCCAACCCAACGUCUUCAGCAAUCAAAAGUAUUCAUGUGAGAAUGGAACACUCUGAAAUCAUCACAGUUUCCAAAAGUCUUUGUUGCCAGUUCCCUCACCUGAAUGCCAAUGGAGUACAGCAGUGCUGGGGCAGUGUACAUAUUAAGCACCCAUGUAAAACCGUGGUGGCCGCUGGCUUUGUUACAUACCAGUCAGAGUCAGAGGUGACUUCUCAACUUGACUUUUGUGUAGACUUUCGGCUAUCCGAUUUUAUCAGGCGCCUUAUUCUUUCCACUGAAGAGUUUGGUAAAAUGUGGCUGACUCUGAGUAAUGAAGUGAAGCAGACCGUUCAGCUCCCGAUUCCCCAGCAGCCCCUUUCUGAAGUACUGCCUUUCUUGCAGCGCAAACUAAACCUUUAUGUUGUGGAAGUUAUAGGUGAAGAAGGGAUAGUUGCAUGCCAGAUGUUGCCCUGUGUUCCAUCACUGCUGCACUGCCACCUUCAGGAGGGAAUGUUGACGCUGUGCUUAAGAUCAUCGUCUUCUACUUUGCCAGACUGUUUACUUUAUCUCUGCCAAGAAGCAUUAGAAGAACUAUGAAAAUUGCAGUGCCUCCUCUUCUGAAUCUUGAGGUUUACACAGUUGCAUCAUUAUGUUGUUUACAUUACCAAAGCAACACUGUUCGCUAAUCCAGGGAGUAUCAGUCUUGUUAAGGAUAACGAAAAUACUAAGGACUUUGAAGAGAAACUGAUUUAUAUUAAAUUAUUUUAUUAAAAA